AAUGGUGAAAAGAUCUAAAUCAAUGGAAAGAACAAUUAAAGAAGGAAAUGACUUUUUGCAAAGAAUGGAAUAAGUAGAUAGAACAAGGUAGAGGAAUAGAAAUGUUUAAUAAAGAUAAAGAGCUUAAAGAGCAGCACAGGUUUAAAAAAAACAAAAGGAAUCCCCUAAAAAAAUUGUUUAAUAAAAGUAGGUUUAAGUAAAAAGAGAAAAGCAAUAAAAAUAAUAAAACAAAUCAAAAGACGAUCUUAAAGCAUAGUCAUAAAUAUCAAUAUCUAACCCUUCAAGAAAAAUUGAAAAGAAAAUACCAAUUUAGCCUUAAAAAGUCUAAAAAAAUAAUCCUGAUGAAUAAAACAAAUAAAAAUAAGCUCAACCUGUAAAAAAAAACAAUACAGAAAUGGAAAUAGAGAAGAAGAAUGAAAAACAAGUGCAUAAGAAAGUUGAGAAGAAAGCAGAAAUUAAAGAUACAGAAAAGAGUUCAAAAAUUGCAGAAAAAAAUAUUGUUUAGGUUUAACAAUAAUAAGUUAAGCAAGGACCUAGAAAGACUAAAUCAAAUAUAUCAGUAGCCUCUGACGCCAACCAAACUUCAAUUGGAAUGGUUGACUGUGUUUUUGUUGUAGACACUACAGGAUCAAUGGAUAUAUAUUUGGAAAGAACAACACACACUGUUUAAAUGUUAGUCGAAAGAAUAAAAAAAUAAUCAAAAAAUGAGUAAGUAAGCGUGAGAUUUGGAUUAGUGUGUUAUCGUGAUCAUCCUCCUUAAGAAGUAACUUAUCUUACAGAGUUGCAUGAUUUAUGUUCUGAUAAACAGAUUUUAAAAGCCAUUGAAAGUUCAGAUUGUUAUGGAGGAGGUGAUGGCGCAGAAGCAGCCUUAGAUGGAUUAAAUGUGGCAGCAUAAUAAAUAACUUGGAGAGAUAGCAGCAAAAUUCCAAGUUUGAGAUAUAUCUUUCAUAUUUGUGAUUAGCCGCCACACGGAAAAGAAUUUGGUGGGUAUAGUGAACUAUGGGAUGAAACAGGUUGUCCAUGUGGAUUAAAACCUGAUUAAAUAAUUCAUCGAAUCAACAUGAGAUAAAUUCACUACAGAUUAAUUAAGGCUGAUUCCAAAAGAUUGGAGAAAUUUGCUGAUUAUUUUAGAGGAAAGAUAGUAAAUUAUGAUGAAGUGACAUUAGAGGAUGGAGUUGCAGAAGGAAUGGAAAUAAAAAUCAGUGACAUGGUUAUUAGAGAACUUUGCCCAGAUAUUCUUCUUGAUUGA